CGAAAUUUGGUCCACUGUCGUACAACCGAACUAGAGUAUUGUUUCCUUGAAUUCUUCGGUUUCCAAGUUAAUUUAUAAUAAGAUGGUCGUCGGGGAGAGGGGGGAAAUAGCUUUCUUUUUUUUCUUUAAUUUUCUUUCUUUUUCUUCUUCUUCUUAAAUGUUCUUGUUGCCAUGAACCAUAAAUUUAUUCUAUCGACGUUACUGACAUCAUUUGUAUAUCAAAUCACAGCUAGUCUGGUGGUUGUUGAAUGUACAUUUCCAUGUUCACAAGGCGAGCAAUAUGUAUGUGAAGUAACAGACAAAAAUGUGAGAUGCAAGAAUAAAACAAACAAGACAAAAUGGAUCUUGGAAAAUACGAUAUCAUUACCUCAAUACCAAGGCACAUUAUCAGCCUUGGGACAAUCAUGUACCAUAGCCCCACAACCCAAAUUAAAAGAUGGGUCACAUUCAUCCAUCAAUGCUAGCGAAUCAAUUAUGGAAUGGCCACCUCAAGUGGAGAUGUCAAAUUAUGAUACCUAUUAUAGUAACUGCGAGGAAUCAUUGUACUGCGAUAAGGCGCAUAUAUGUGUGAAACAAUACACGCAUGGACAAGUGUGUGAAUCUGAUAACCAAUGUUUCCAAGGCAGUUGUCAAAACGAUACCUGUGUAGCCAGCACAAUAAAGAAAAACACAGGUGGAUUGGAUACCAUCCAUAUCAUCUUGACGGUGGUGGGUGUCGUCUUAUUUGUUGCACUUUGUGUCGGUGUUUAUAUCCUCAAGAGGAGAAGAAAGUUGCAGGAGCAGAAGCAGCAGCAACAGCAGAAAACGACAGCUAAAGUCAUUGUGCUUAAUUCGAGGUCGAAUUCCACUAAUUCCAUGACAAGUAGUGUCCAUCACACUGUUACUAAUAUACUCCAACCUGAUUACGAAUCGACCUUUUCAGCUCCUCAUUCACCAAGUAGGCAGCAACAGGAAUUACAAGCUCAACUUCAACGGCAAUACGAAGGACAGCUUAAAGUUCCCCCUCCUCCCUAUUCUCCAUAAACAAAUAUACCCUCACAAAAUAAAUUUUUUUGGCACUGGCCUAUUAUUAUUAUUCAAA